CAGAAAGGACGUCUUGCAUGGCCGACGAGUUGACCAGGCGUUACCGUUUAUACACAGUGUUUAGCCUGUUUCUUGGGUCGAGUGUAUGUUAAAUUAGUGUAAACUUGCGUUUCAUGGAGACACAAAGCGGAAAUGUUUUCGCGUUUGUACUUUUUUUUUUGCGACCUAGUAGCUUGUGUUUAACGUGGGUUUCACCCGCGCCUCGUGUGAUAGCUGAAGAAAAUCAUACAACUUGAACAUCGCUGGUGACUGAAUACGGGUUUAUUCUGAACUUAAUUCCGUGAAAUGUGUUCACUUUUUCGUUGCUACUAAUCAAGUUUUUUUUUCUUUUUGCCUGCGUCCUGUGUGGCUACCUGCUGUCCCCACAUGCAGCCGCUGCUGGUCAGGAGACCCAACUCUGUGGACACGUUCAUGGAUCAAGGUUAAAGUCAGACAAACCUUAAACGUUUCCCUACGAAUCCAGUGACCAGGUCGAAAACUACUUCGUCCUCGGAUGUUAAUGGACACCUGACUAUUUUGCAACCAGAACAACGCAAGAGGGCGUCUUUUUGUUGUUUUUGGGAAACCCCUUCCCUCUAUCUGACCCCACCAGGGAUAAAUAAAGAGAGGCAGUCGACAUGGUGGUCAACACCAUCCACUGGUUCAGGAAGGGACUGCGGCUGCACGACAACCCAGCUCUGAGAGACUCUAUCCGGGGAGCGGACACCCUGCGCUGCAUCUACAUCCUGGACCCCUGGUUCGCAGGGUCCUCUAAUGUGGGCAUCAACAGGUGGAGAUUUUUGUUGCAUUGUUUAGAGGACUUGGAUGCCAGCCUGCGCAAACUCAACUCCCGCUUAUUUGUCAUCAGAGGCCAGCCUACAGAUGUCUUCCCUCGUCUUUUUAAGGAAUGGCAGAUCACCCGAUUAUCUUAUGAAUAUGACUCUGAGCCGUUUGGCAAGGAACGUGAUGCCGCCAUCCAAAAAUUAGCCAGCGAGGCUGCGGUAGAGGUCAUGGUGCGGAUUUCACACACCCUCUACGAUCUGGACAAGAUCAUAGAACUCAAUGGUGGUCAGCCUCCUCUUACAUAUAAGCGCUUCCAGGCUCUCAUCAACCGUAUGGAUGCUGUGGAGUUGCCUGCAGAGACAAUCACAUCUGAGGUCAUUAAAAAAUGUGCCACACCCAUCAGCGAAGACCAUGACGACAAGUUUGGGGUGCCCUCCCUGGAAGAGCUUGGUUUUGAGACAGAGGGCUUGACCACAGCAGUAUGGCCAGGCGGAGAAACAGAAGCCCUCAUGAGGCUAGAGCGGCACCUGGAGAGGAAGGCAUGGGUGGCAAACUUUGAGCGUCCACGUAUGAACGCUAACUCCCUGCUGGCCAGUCCCACAGGGCUCAGUCCCUACCUGCGCUUUGGAUGUCUCUCCUGUCGGCUCUUCUACUUCAAACUUACUGAUCUGUACAGGAAGGUCAAGAAGAACAGCACCCCACCGCUUUCCUUGUAUGGGCAGUUGUUGUGGAGGGAGUUCUUCUACACGACCGCCACCAACAACCCCUGCUUUGACAAGAUGGAGGGAAACCUUGUGUGUGUCCAGAUCCCCUGGGACAGAAAUCCUGAGGCGUUGGCCAAGUGGGCAGAGGGUCGGACCGGCUUUCCCUGGAUAGACGCCAUUAUGACCCAGCUGAGGCAGGAGGGCUGGAUCCAUCAUUUGGCGAGGCACGCUGUGGCCUGCUUCCUCACCAGGGGAGACCUCUGGAUCAGCUGGGAGGAAGGCAUGAAGGUCUUUGAGGAGUUGCUGUUGGAUGCAGACUGGAGCGUUAACGCUGGCAGCUGGAUGUGGCUUUCAUGCAGUUCAUUUUUCCAGCAGUUUUUCCACUGCUACUGUCCCGUGGGAUUUGGACGACGCACGGACCCCAACGGCGACUACAUACGGCGUUAUUUGCCUAUACUGAGGGGCUUUCCAGCCAAAUACAUCUACGAUCCCUGGAAUGCCCCAGAGGAAGUGCAGAAGGCAGCCAAGUGUAUCAUAGGAGUGCACUACCCCAAGCCCAUGGUGAACCAUGCUGAGGCUAGCCGCAUCAACAUAGAGCGGAUGAAGCAAAUUUACCAGCAGCUUUCCUGCUACAGAGGACUGGGCCUGCUGGCAACAGUGCCUGCCAAUCCCAACAAUGGUGCCAGUGGCAGUAAUGUUGGAGGAGUCAACACAGGGACCAGUCAAGGUCCAAGAGGGUCCACUGAAGACCCAUCCAUUCAGGAGGGAACGUCUCGAACAGAAAGAGGACAAUCGACGCACAAGCGGCGCCGUGAAGAGGCUCCAUCCGAGAGCAGCUCUAAAUCCUGGAGGCAGAGCAAAUAGUGUGCAAAAGACAGAAUACAAAGGGUCCCUCUGUCGGUCUGUAUCAUCUGGUAGCAUCCUCUCCUGCGGUGCCCUCAGUUAAUACACAAUAAUAAACUGUAACUAACAACCACGGAGGCAGAAUGACAGAACGAGGAUGUCGGAUCCAGCUGAUAGCAUUGGCUGAUUGUCUCAAGGACCCCCCACAGUAUGUUAUACUUGUAAUCGGUUAAGAUUGUCACGAGUUAAACUGGACAGUCAGCUGUUAACACAUCUUGGUCUCCAGAUGCUGUAAGAUACAUCACACAUCUCAGGGACAGGGGAAGGAAUUGGAAUUGAGAAAUUGGUCAUAUUUGAGAGAAUGAACCCUCUAACAGCAAUAAAUAAAGGCAAAAACAGUUCAUCUCUAAAAUCUUCAAGUCAUGGUGUUGUGAAAGUCUUCCACUACAGUAUGUGUCGCCUCCACACCUUAAUGUGAAAAUGUCAAAAUCUAAAUCUGAGUGACGGGAAUCAGAAGAUUUGUUGUGUACAGCUGACACUCUCACCCACUGUUGGCACAAUGACAUAAGAUGAUCUGGAUAAAACACACACAGAUUAAAUACCCCAGAUAAAACACAGUUGUAUCUUUUCACAAAAACAGGCCCCUAAAUGUUUCAUAUCAAGAAUAUUAAGUCACACUGUCAUGAAUGUACAUAAUGUGAGAAAAAAUGUUUUCAGAGAUUUAGGAUACAAAGGUCUGAUGGACAGUAGUAAAGGAAGUUAGAGUCAAGACUGUCACGUUUGACAAUAAAGCAAGCCUUAUAAAGGCUGUCAUUUAUUUUGUAAAUAUUUAUUGUUUUUGAUUUCCAACUUUUGUAUAUUUGGUCAUGGAAUUUCACAGCUCAUUUUGUAAAUAAUGUGUAACCAAAACUCAAAAGUUCUGCUGUGAAUGCAUGUGCUUUUGUCUCCCAUGUGAUCGUAAAUCUAUUAUUUUUGUAUAAAUAAUGACCAAAUUCUAACUGUAUUGAUAAAGUACAAGACAGAAA